AAGUGAAAAGAUCUUUCAAGAUGGCUCGUGGGGCUUGGAGACUUGCAUUAUUGUUAUCUGUGUUUUGCUUUAAUGUUUUGGUGGUGAGUGUGGUUGCAAGAAAUGUGGCUAUUGUGAAAAGAGAUGAGGAAGAGAAAUUCUUAGGCUUUGGGAAGGGAGGUGGCUUUGGUGCGGGAUUUGGUGGUGGUAGCGGCGGCGGCUUUGGAGGUGGCGGAGGAUUUGGAGGCGGUGGUAGCGGCGGAGUUGGUGGUGGUAGUGGCUUUGGAGGUGGAAGUGGUGGUGGAGGGUUUGGAGGUGGAAGUGGUGGAGGGUUUGGUGGUGGUGCUGGCGGUGGUUUUGGUGGCGGUGGUGGAGGAGGAGGUGGUGCAGGAGGCGGCUUUGGAAAGGGUGGUGGAGUAGGAGGUGGUGCCGGUGGUGGUGCUGGAGGAGGCUUUGGAAAGGGUGGUGGAGUAGGAGGUGGUGCCGGUGGAGGAUUCGGAAAAGGUGGUGGAGUAGGAGGUGGUGCAGGAGGAGGAUUCGGAAAGGGUGGUGGAAUAGGAGGUGGUGCCGGUGGAGGAUUCGGAAAAGGUGGUGGAGUAGGAGGUGGUGCAGGAGGAGGAUUCGGAAAAGGUGGUGGAGUAGGAGGUGGUGCCGGUGGAGGAUUCGGAAAAGGUGGUGGAGUAGGAGGUGGUGCAGGAGGAGGAUUCGGAAAGGGUGGUGGAGUAGGAGGUGGUGCCGGUGGUGGUGUUGGAGGAGGAUUUGGAAAGGGUGGUGGUGCAGGUCGUGGAGCAGGAGGUGGUUUUGGAAAAGGUGGUGGAGCAGGAGGUGGCUUUGGAAAGGGUGGUGGUAUUGGUAAGGGCGGUGGAGUUGGAGGUGGCUUCGGAAAGGGUGGUGGAGCCGGUGGUGGUUUUGGUAAGGGCGGUGGAGCAGGUGGUGGCUUCGGAAAGGGUGGUGGUGCUGGGGGUGGUAUUGGAAAGGGUGGACGAGUUGGUGGUGGCUUUGGAAAGGGCGGUGGACUUGGCGGUGGUAUUGGAAAAGGUGGAGGAGCUGGUGGUGGCUUUGGAAAAGGUGGCGGAGUUGGUGGUGGUUUCGGAGGAGGACAUGGGAAAGGUGGUGGAGUUGGUGGUGGCUUUGGAAAGGGUGGUGGAGCUGGUGGUGGCUUCGGAAAGGGCGGUGGGGCCGGUGGUGGCUUUGGAAAGGGUGGUGGAGUCAACGUUGGCUUCGGAGGAGGACAUGAGAAUGGCGGUGGUUUAGGUGGUGGAGCAGGAGGAGGGUUUGGAAAGGGCGGUGGUAUUGGUGCUGGUAUAGGAGGGGGACAUGGUAAAGGUGGUGGAUUUGGUAGCGGCGCAGGAGGAGGCUUUGGAAAAGGUGGCGGCAUUGGUGGGGGAGGAGGGCUUGGAAAGGGAGGAGGCAUUGGUGGUGGUGGAGGUUUUGGAAAAGGAGGCGGCAUUGGUAAAGGAUUCGGUGGUGGUUUUGGAGGAGGCAUCGGUAAAGGUGGUGGCUUUGGAGCAGGAGGAGGUGCUGGAGGUGGCGGUGGUGGUGGCGGGUUUGGUGGCGGUGGCGGUGGCGGUAUUGGACACCACUAAGGUUUACGUUGUAUGUAGUUAGGGAUUUGCAUGCCAAAUUGAGCCAAUACAAGCAUUCCUACUGUUGGUUUAAUAUGAUAAGUUUGCAUCUAGUGAAAUAAUUCACAUAAAAGCCUGAUUUUAUAAUUACAUUGAUGUAUUUCUUGAAUAUAUAUUGUGAGAGGUGAGGUGAAAAUUACGUACAAGUGCAUAUCUCCCUUAUGAAUGAUCACAUUUUUUUUUUUCCCGAC